AUGGAAUAUAUUAAGCGUCUCCUCGACCACCCUCCCACGUUACUGCGCCAUCUAUCACCGCACCCAACUUCACAAAGCUUUCCAAAGUCACCCUCAGACGCACGUGGUCGAAGCAUUUCAUUGUCUCGAAGCGCGCAGCCCCUCACCGAACGUGCCAGCAAGCAUCGACAUCGCAGGCGCAGGCGCAAGUACCGCCACAGCCACGAUACCAUGUCACACUUCUCAGGUCCUUGGUCGCGCGAUCUAGCAGUACUCAAGAAGUCAAUCUCUUCGAUUCCUUCGGACAACAAGGCACCGUUCGCAUCCGCUUCGAAUGACACAGUCGACAUCUUUUGUGAUCCCGAAGCCCUGCAUGUUUGGGAGACAGACAGCGAUAUCGAUAGCUUGCUGCAGCUGAUUAGCGUCCUCGCAAAGCUUUGCGACCUAGGCGUGCGGGGGUCGAAGAAUGUGGUAAAAGGGAUGAAAGGCGCUAUGAUCAUCAUUGCGGAUGACAGCAGGGGCAGAGAGGCCUUUCAGAGGUUGCGUGAGUUGGUUGAGUACAUCACUGGUGAGACGGGAAGCAAGCGCCUCGAGGGAACAGUAUGUGCGUACGCCAACACGAGUAUCGUCGUAGUCCGAGGAUGGAACUACCGCCCAAGCAGUUACGGCACCGGUAAAUAUGAUGUGGAGAAGGUGGUCAAGCGCGUGGGGACAACACUCGAACGAGCACUCUCAGUAUCGAAAACGCGAAAGAUUGUCUGGCAUCAUGGAGCGGUUGUCGGGACGUUGUUGUCGUUCAUCAACACCACGACAUCCUUUCUGCGCAACGCUGUCGCGGGAAUCAGUGUUACGAACUCACUACACCUCGCAAAUGGCGUUAAGCCGUCGCCUGCGGGUAGAAGCAAUACACUGCCGGAUCUCGAGCGGCUGCAAUCGUAUGCCAAGAAGUUGGGUAUACCAGUCCUCUUCCUCGACAGCAGCACUCAAAGCAUUACGAGCCCAAAUCUGGGGACCUACAUGUACUUCUUCGCGUAUUACAUCUACACUUUCCUUCCCUCCUCGCUUACACGACCCCACCUCCACACGGCACAAGACGAGCUCGUGACAUUCGCAUUUCGGCUCAGAGGAGCGAGUGAGAGACGCUAUGGUUCGGAUGUUGUGAGCGUCGUGAAGAAGCAUCUUGAUCCCAGGAGUAAAGUUUGGGCACGUCGAUGCGUUGAUGCGCGAAGUUAUGGAAAGAGAGAGUGUGAAGCCGCGGGCAAAGAGAGUGAAGUACACCACUCAGUGCAGCUGGCAGACGCCCCAUUUUGUCUCUUCAAAGAUACCACCUCCAGAGAUGGUGGCGGCGUUGCAGCAUUUUCACGCCUCGCGGUCGGCCCAGCAAGUCCAGCUGCGGCAGUCAAAGAAGUCUUCGUCGCAGCACCUGUCGACAUCUCUUUCAGCACAUCCCGCUUGCGAGUAAGCGGUCAGAGCAACUUUCAUGUUUUGUUACCAAAAGAGAACAUUACCGAAGAGAAUGUCACGAACCGUAUCCAAGGCCUCAUGAUGGGUGUGCUCGAGCGCGUACGUCAGGAGCAUGGCAACCCAUCCUUCAGCUCAAGUGAAAGACAAAUGUGGAAAGACACGGUCAAGGCAUGCUCAUGGGCAUUGAAAGGCUGCAAAGGCAAAAUGCCGGACAAGAUUGCAGAGAAGGUCAAGUUCGUACAAGAGAAGCUUACGAAGGGGACGUGGGGCUAUGUUGUAGGCGCACCGGGCGAUGAGACCAAGGCAGCGCCUGUUGAUAACGGUUCCGGAGCCGCGAGCGCAAAUGCAGCAGCACACGCAGCCUUUGCUGGUGUUGGACAGAAUGCGUAUGAACAAGGAUCUGGGCAGCACCAGAUGCAAAUGGGCUCGAAUCAAAUGGGCUCGAAUGGAUACGCGAGCCACGAGCAGCAGGGUAUGAUGAAUUUACCCACUUAUGCGCCAGAAAAUCCCUAUCCACCCCAAGCAUCUGCACAAGAUCAGCAGCCGAGUGGACAGAUGGGUAUUGAACCAGCGAUGUAUCACCAGGGUCCAGGGAACGGGUAUGGGCAGAUUUACGCAGGGUACGGACAAGGUGCACCGCCGCCACCUGAGCAUAAAUGUGCACCACAGAUGGCUGGUGGAUAUCCAUCAACGCCACAGCGAGGAUAUGCGCAGGUACAAAGUCAGUGGUAA